AUGGGAACCACCUGGUCGCAGUUCUUUCCCCCUGCACCCACCUUGACUGAAGCUAACCUGCCCAGCCAAAAAGGCAAGGUUUUCAUCAUCACGGGAGGAUACUCGGGCGUGGGUCUAGCGCUGUGCAAGAUUCUCUAUCUGGCUGGAGGCAAGGUGUACCUCGCAGGGCGCUCCGAGGAGCAAGCCACGAAUGCCAUUACACAGAUUCAAGCCUCAAUACAGUCGUCAGAUGGAACCCUUAUCUUUCUGCCUCUGCACCUUGAUGAUCUAGCAAGUAUCAAAUCCGCAGUAGAGACCUACACUGCUGCGGAAUCCAGAUUAGACGUUCUGUUCAACAACGCCGGUGUGUCAAACCCACCCGCAGGCUCCGUCUCGGCACAGGGCCAUGAACUCCAGUUGGCGACAAACUGUCUUGGACCACAUCUUCUGACACAGUUACUUCUCCCGACUCUUCGGCGUACUGCCGAGAGCGAACCCCCCGCUUCUGUACGCGUAGUAUGGACGGGGUCAAUAGUGGUCGACAUGGCUGCCUCGAAAGGUGGGGAGAUUCUGGAGGAGCUUCUACGGAAAGACACAAAGCCCCAGCGCAAUUAUGAGCACACAAAAGUCGGCAACUGGUACCUCGCCCAUGCAUUGGACGCACAGGAAAGGCCCAGUGGAAUCUUGAGUGUGGUCGUGAACCCGGGAAAUCUCAAGACCGGCUUGACUCGUCAUAUGUCCUCGCUGGUGCCCUUGCUAGCGGCUCCCCUGCUGUAUCCAGCGAAGAUGGGUGCUUAUAGUGAACUUUGGGCGGGGCUCUCUAAUGAGCUGACGUUAUCUGAUGGGGGUAAAUAUAUCUUGCCUUGGGGGCGUCUUCAUCCCAAACCGAGACAGGAUCUGUUACAGGCGAUGAAAAGGAAAGCGGACGGUGGUACAGAUGCUGCGGCCACUUUCGUACAGUAUUGUGACGAUCAAAUUUUGGGAUUCAAGUAG